AUGGCAUCGAUAUUCCCUGCUGAAGCGGCUGGCCUUAGGAUACUCGCUGCGCAAUAUUUCCAGGCCGUCGAGGUGCAACGCCUGCGUUUUCCACCAGGCAGCACACUCCUCAGGCCUCAGGUGCAACGAUGGAUUAACCAAAAUAUGUUCUGCGAGGCCACAGUAUGGCCGUUACCGCCGCUGAACUACCGUAGUCGGGUUCUCAAAAUAAUCCUAUCAAAAAUUGAAGAGUCGUUCACCGACCCUGAGGAGGAUGAGAUCCUAGAUGAUCUCAUGGCAAGCUGGGGUAUUCUCAUUUCUCGCCCCAAACCGUCACCGCUUGAACAAACCCAACAAUUGUCCUACAUCAAGUACACACCGCCUAUGGUACUAGAUACGCGACACGAAGAGGGCAUCAUCACGCUAGAAAAUCGAGGCCUGAUCCUCGUCGCUGGCACCACUGGUUUUCGGACCUGGGAAGCCGCGUUGCAUCUCGGAACAUUUCUCUCCACUCGAGCGGGCAAGGAACUCGUCAGUGGGAGAAAUGUUCUUGAACUAGGAGCGGGAACAGGGCUUGUAUCCAUGUACUGUUUGAAGUGUCUCGGCGCUAGCAAGGUAAUGGCCACAGAUCGGGAUCCAGCUUUGAUUGCGAAUAUACAAGAAUGCAUUUCUUGGAACAAGCUGGAUUCGAAGCAGAUUACUGCUUCUAUCUGGGAAUGGGGUACUCCACUUCAGCACUCCGAUAAUGCGAAGGACAAUGGACGAUGUUUCCCUGUUGACACCGCAUUUGGCGCCGACCUGCUUUAUGACGUGGACUUGAUUCCCCUAUUUUUAUCGACUCUGGAGGACUUGUUUGAUAACUAUUGUCUAAAGGAAUUUAUUCUCUCGGCCACACUUCGUAACCAGGAAACUUUCAAUGCGUUCCUCAACGCCUGCAGGGCAUCGAACCUACAGGCCUGCCAAGUUACGUUUGAAUCGCCGCCAGAGGAAGCCCAAGAUGGGUUUUUCCAUAGCACCAGCACUCCGAUACUAAUAUACAAACCUACAGCUAUCAACCUCACCAACUUCCAUAUAAAGACAUUAUACGAAUGA